CAUCCGACUGUUCCCGCUCUGCGCGUGCUGUCGGUCACGCGACGUCGUGCGUCGCGUGACGGGAGAACGGCGCAAUCCGCGGCUACUUAGCGUGCGUGCGUUGCGUGGGCAGUGUUGUCAUAUCCACUGCUGGACACCCGCCUGGCUCUCUGUCACGGUGGUUCACCCGCCCAAGAACUGAUUCCAAGCUCAACCGCGCUCAGCUUCUGCGAUGUUGACCAUCGGUGACCUGCUCGCGGAACAAGGCUUGGAUGUCUCCUCCACGGUUGGGGGGGAUUUUUCCCCCGGCGGGGGCGGCCUGGGGGGCCUUGGCAGCAGAGGAAGUGGGGUGCCGAGGUCGCUCUCUUCGGGGGGCUCGGUAACGAUCGGCCCUGGCGGACGAGUCGUGGGGGGGGGCGGCGGCGUUUUCCCGGGAGGCGGCACCCCCCCAGAUUUCGUCGCCGGCACUCUGGCCGAGCUGGCGCCCGAGAGCUCGGGGUACAAGCGCAAGAGCAGCUCGGUGGACUACCCAGACAGCGAUGGGUUGGACACGGAGUUCGAUGCGGACGAUCAAAGCAGCAGAGGGGAGAGUGGUGACCAUCCUUGCAAACCCAAGUAUUCGAGGGAGGUGCACAGCCAGAUCGAGCGCCGGCGCCGCCUCAAGAUGAACCACUACAUCGACGAGCUGGAGCAGAUGGUGCCAUCGUGCCGUGGCAUGCAGCGCAAGCUCGACAAGCUCACCGUGCUGCGCCUGGCCGUGCAGCACAUGCGGGCGCUGCGCGGAUCCGCCACGGCCUACACGGAGGCGAACUACAAGCCGGCCUUCCUCAGCGACGACGAGCUGCAGCACCUCAUCCUGCGGGCUUCAGACGGAUUCCUCAUUGUGGUCGGUUGCGACCGAGGCAGGAUUCUCUUUGUCUCCGAGUCCGUCUCCAAAAUCCUCAGCUUCUCGCAGAGCGAGCUGGUGGGACAGAGCCUCUUCGACUACCUGCACCCAAAGGACAUCGCCAAGGUGAAGGAACAGCUCUCGUCCUCCGACACGGCUCCCCGGGACCGACUCAUCGACUCCAAAACCGGGCUGCCGGUGGUGCGCACGGACGACGUGCACGCCGCCCCGUCGCGCCUCUGCUCCGGCGCGCGCCGCUCCUUCUUCUGCCGCAUGAAGAGCAACCGGCCGUGCGCGACCGUUCGCCCGGACGAAAAGCCCUUCUCCACGACCUCCUCCUGCUCCAGGAAGAAAGACCGUAAGAGCUUCUGCACCGUGCACUGCACGGGCUACCUCAAGAGUUGGCUCCCGGCCAAGGUCGGCCUCAAGGAGGAGCAGGAGAGAGGCCCCCUCGCCAGCCCGCUCAGCUGCCUGGUGGCCAUCGGCAGGCUGUACCCGCCCGCGACGGCGCCGGCCGGGACCGGGGAGAUCCGCGUCCGCGCUGCCGAGUUCGCGUCCCGGCACGCGGUCGACGGGAAGUUUGCGUUCGUCGACCAGAGGGUGACUGCGCUGCUCGGGUACCUGCCUCAGGAGCUGCUGGGCACCUCGUGCUACGAGUUCUUCCACCACGACGACCUGGCGCACCUCGCCGAGAGCCACCGUCACGUGCUGCAGACGCGGGAGCGCGUGACGAUGGGGCCGUACCGGUUCCGCUCGCGCGACGGCUCCUACGUGGUGCUCCGCAGCCAGUGGUUCAGCUUCCUCAACCCCUGGACGAAGGACGUAGAGUACAUCGUGUCCACCAACACGCUUGUCUCGAACGGCAGCGUCGAAGGCCUCGCCUCGUCCACGACCGUCGUGCAGCCUGGGGCCUCGCCUGGACGGGAUGGCCGGCCACAACCUCUCGACGGCCUCAAGCGGGGAUUGUCUCCCAGCGUUCCGGGCCUUCCGGGCGGAACGCGGCUCGGGGCCGGGAAACUUGGUCGCACGAUUGCCGAGGAGUUCUUUGAGUCCCGAAGCAGAUUGCGAUCGUCUCCAUCCAGUUGUGACUGCAGUCCCCUGCAGCCAGACUCCCGGACGCCACCUCCAACCAACACCCCGUCGCCCGGCAAUAAGCUGCUCACCGUGGAGUCUCCGUCCCCUUCGGCCCUGCUCCCGCCCGUGGACAUGAGCUCCUACCACGGUGGCGGCGGUCCUCUGGGCGACACGGACUCCCUGGACCUCGACCUCAUGAACAACCCGGGCAGCCCCGACGACGACGUGGCCAUGUCCGUCAUCAUCAACCUCCUGGAGGCCGACGGAGGCCUGGGUGGGCCCGUGGACUUCAGCGACAUGCCCUGGCCACUAUGACUAGGCCAGCCUGGCCACUAGGACUAGGCCAGCCUGGUCACUAUGACUAGGCCAGCCUGGCCACUAUGACUAGGCCACCAUGGCCACUAGGGCUAGGCCACCCUGGCCACUAUUACUAGGCCAGCCUGGCAACUAUGACUAGGCCAGCCUGGCCACUAUGACUAGGCCACCCUGGUCACUAUGACUAGGCCAGCCUGGCCACUAUGACUAGGCCACCCUGGUCACUAUGAUUAGGCCACCAUGGCCACUAGGACUAGGCCACCCUGGCCACUAUGACUAGGCCAGCCUGGCAACUAUGACUAGGCCAGCCUGGCCACUAUGACUAGGCCACCAUGGCCACUAUGACUAGGCCAGCCUGGCAACUAUGACUAGGCCAGCCUGGCAACUAUGACUAGGCCAGCCUGGUCACUGUGACUAGGCCACCCUGGCCACUAUGACUAGGCCAGCCUGGCAACUAUGACUAGGCCAGCCUGGUCACUAUGACUAGGCCAGCCUGGCCACUAUGACUAGGCUAGCCUGGCCACUAGGACUAGGCCAGCCUGGUCACUAUGACUAGGCUAGCCUGGCCACUAUGACUAGGCCAGCCUGGCCACUAUGACUAGGCCACCCUGGCCACUAUGACUAGGCCAGCCUGGCAACUAUGACUAAGCCACCAUGGCCACUAUGACUAGGUCACCAUGGCCACUAUGACUAGGUCACCAUGGCCACUAGGACUAGGCCAGCCUGGCCACUAUGACUAGGCCACCCUGGUCACUGGGACUAGGCCAGCCUGGUCACUAUGACUAGGCCACCCUGGCCACUAUGACUAGGCCAGUCUGGUAGCUAUGACUAGGCCACCCUGGUCACUAUGACUAGGCCACCAUGGUCACUAUGACUAGGUCACCCUGGCCACUAUGACUAGGCCACCCUGGUCACUAGGACUAGGCCAUCCUGGCCACUAUGACUAGGCCACCAUGGCCACUAUGACUAGGCCACCCUGGCCACUAUGACUAGGCCAGCCUGGCAACUAUGACUAAGCCACCAUGGCCACUAUGACUAGGUCACCAUGGCCACUAUGACUAGGUCACCAUGGCCACUAGGACUAGGCCAGCCUGGCCACUAUGACUAGGCCACCCUGGUCACUGGGACUAGGCCAGCCUGGUCACUAUGACUAGGCCACCCUGGCCACUAUGACUAGGCCAGUCUGGUAGCUAUGACUAGGCCACCCUGGUCACUAUGACUAGGCCACCAUGGUCACUAUGACUAGGUCACCCUGGCCACUAUGACUAGGCCACCCUGGUCACUAGGACUAGGCCAUCCUGGCCACUAUGACUAGGCCACCAUGGCCACUAUGACUAGGCCAGCCUGGCCACUAUGACUAGGCCAGCCUGGCCACUAUGACUAGGCCAGUCUGGUAGCUAUGACUAGGCCAGCCUGGUCACUAUGACUAGGUCACCCUGGCCACUAUGACUAGGCCACCCUGGCCACUAUGACUAGGCCACCCUGGUCACUAUGACUAGGCCACCAUGGUCACUAUGACUAGGUCACCCUGGCCACUAUGACUAGGCCACCCUGGUAACUAGGACUAGGCCACCCUGGCCACUAGGACUAGGCCACCCUGGCCACUAUGACUAGGCCAGCCUGGCAACUAUGACUAGGCCAGCCUGGCAACUAUGACUAGGCCAGCCUGGUCACUAUGACUAGGCCACCCUGGCCACUAUGACUAGGCCAGCCUGGCAACUUUGACUAAGCCACGAGGGCCACUAUGACUAGGUCACCAUGGCCACUAUGACUAGGUCACCAUGGCCACUAGGACUAGGCCAGCCUGGCCACUAUGACUAGGCCACCCUGGUCACUGGGACUAGGCCAGCCUGGUCACUAUGACUAGGCCACCCUGGCCACUAUGACUAGGCCAGUCUGGUAGCUAUGACUAGGCCAGCCUGGUCACUAUGGCUAGGUCACCCUGGCCACUAUGACUAGGCCACCCUGGCCACUAUGACUAGGCCACCCUGGUCACUAUGACUAGGCCACCAUGGUCACUAUGACUAGGUCACCCUGGCCACUAUGACUAGGCCACCCUGGUCACUAGGACUAGGCCACCCUGGCCACUAUGACUAGGCCACCAUGGCCACUAUGACUAGGCCAGCCUGGCCACUAUGACUAGGCCAGCCUGGCCACUAUGACUAGGCCAGUCUGGUAGCUAUGACUAGGCCAGCCUGGUCACUAUGACUAGGUCACCCUGGCCACUAUGACUAGGCCACCCUGGCCACUAUGACUAGGCCACCCUGGUCACUAUGACUAGGCCACCAUGGUCACUAUGACUAGGUCACCCUGGCCACUAUGACUAGGCCACCCUGGUAACUAGGACUAGGCCACCCUGGCCACUAUGACUAGGCCACCAUGGCCACUAUGACUAGGCCACCCUGGCCACUAUGACUAGGCCAACCUGGCCACUAUGACUAGGCCACCCUGGCCACUAUGACUAGGCCAUCCUGGUCACUAUGACUAGGCCACCAUGGUCACUAUGACUAGGCCAGCCUGGCCACUAUGACUAGGCUAGCCUGGCCACUAGGACUAGGCCAGCCUGGUCACUAUGACUAGGCUAGCCUGGCCACUAUGACUAGGCCAGCCUGGCCACUAUGACUAGGCCACCCUGGCCACUAUGACUAGGCCAGCCUGGCAACUAUGACUAAGCCACCAUGGCCACUAUGACUAGGUCACCAUGGCCACUAUGACUAGGUCACCAUGGCCACUAGGACUAGGCCAGCCUGGCCACUAUGACUAGGCCACCCUGGUCACUUGGACUAGGCCAGCCUGGUCACUAUGACUAGGCCACCCUGGCCACUAUGACUAGGCCAGUCUGGUAGCUAUGACUAGGCCAGCCUGGUCACUAUGGCUAGGUCACCCUGGCCACUAUGACUAGGCCACCCUGGCCACUAUGACUAGGCCACCCUGGUCACUAUGACUAGGCCACCAUGGUCACUAUGACUAGGUCACCAUGGCCACUAUGACUAGGCCACCCUGGCCACUAUGACUAGGCCACCCUGGCCACUAUGACUUGGCCAGCCUGGCCACUAUGACUAGGCCAACCUGGCCACUAUGACUAGGCCACCCUGGUCACUAUGACUAGGCCACCAUGGUCACUAUGACUAGGCCACCAUGGCCACUAUGACUAGGCCAGCCUGGCCACUAUGACUAGGUCAUCAUGGCCACUAUGACUAGGCCAGCCUGGCCACUAUGACUAGUCCAGCCUGGCCACUAUGACUAGGCCAGCCUGGCCACUAUGACUAAGCCAGCCUGGCCACUAGGACUAGGCCAGCCUGGUCACUAUGACUAGGCCAGCCUGACCACUAUGACUAGGCCAGCCUGGCCGCUAUGACUAGGCCAGCCUGAUCACUAUGACUAGGCCAGCCUGGCCACUAUGACUAAGCCAGCCUCACCACUAUGACUAGGCCACCCUGGUAGCUAUGACUAGGCCACCCUGGAUGAUUAGACUACACUGCCCUAACCAAAUCUAAGGAUUUGAAUCCGCACUAUGUUACAUGGGAGGUGUUUACCAAUCAUCAGGUGCAUGCAAUGUAUAAUUGCAAUUUAUAUUUCAAAGAAAAUAAUUGGUAAAUGUAGAAACGAGUGCCAUUUUGCGUCGUGAGUAAUGGUGUUUCGGAAGAUCCUUGUCUCUGGUAUGUUUUCUCUUAACUUAUAUUACUUUAAACAACAGACGAAAGACGGUUCUUCCUAAUGUUAUGCAACUAGCCCGUAGCCUCCCCGCAGCGGUAUGACACAGUAGCGUCAAAUGCUGUAGAGAUCGUUGGCCCCUUAGGCUUCGGCCUAAUACUAUACGGAUAUCAUUACCCCAACAGUGUACAGCUGUAUUAUUGUCCCUUUGUAUUAUUGUCCCUUUGGUUAAACUUUGCGGGUGAAACUUUAAAACACAUUUUACGUAAAUCCGUGUGAGCAUCGUGUCGUAAUUAAUGUGUAUUUGAAGACACAGAGGAAUAAAUAUUCUACCGAGGUCCGCCUAACUGUAAUUACGGAACAGGCUGUUUUUAACUAAAUAAUGAGGGCUUUUUCAUAUUGAUGUCGAAGCCCCACUCUUGGGCAGCUUGGUGGCGGUAGAGCACCGUUAGCCAAAUCGGGUGCUCGCGUUUUCACCUGGACACACUCGGCACGAUAGCUCCCCCCGUGUGUUUUCGGGUUUGCACCGCGCGUGUUGUUCGCCACGAUGUCCCGAAAGUUCCGCUCCGCGUGCUUGAGAGUUUCUUCAGUAACUGUGACACCAUGCAGAACAGUAUGCAUCAAGAGAGCUAUGCAGAACCUCGCGAAAACCUAUGCAGCAGUAUUACUUGAAGUUACAACUCCGUGGCGUUUACACCCAAGCAUCUUGCCAACGAGGCCACUUGAUGGAUGGCCUCAUGCCGCGUUUCCGCGGCCGUUAAAAACCAGAUCCGGCCCACGGUACCUCCCGGCACAGCUCAUUUCUUGCCUCCGACACGUCAUGGCUGUGUGGUUCUGUCGUCUCAGCUCCGACUCUCCCUUUGCUUCCUUCCAUGGUGUCGGUUACACUGUUCCAAGAUUUUAAAAAAGAAUGUUAUCAUUAAAAAAAUAUUUUCCAUGGAUUUUUUUUGUAAAACGUAAACACAACCCUGAAGCUGACCCAACGCGAGAGCAGCUGGUUGAAGACUCUCAUCUUCCGCGUUGACCCGAUGAUGCCGUAAACUCUUUCCGAUGGGUGGUCCAACUGAAUGAGAGUAGCUCUCUUUUGGAGAGUGAGCUACCUGGUCUGUGAAAAAAGUGGACUGCACGGCCUGCGUAGAGCUCAUGCACCCCAAUCAAUCCGCCGCAGGGAAAACCCCGAAUGACCCCACUUGCCCGGUUCACAAACGGGGGGGUCGGAUCGCUUAUCGGAGUCAGGGGGAACUCGGCACUCAAUGAGAUUAAAGAAAGACGCAAAUGUGUCGUGAUGCACAUCUGAAAUCUGUGUAUAGGGGAAAUGUAAAGUUUUGGGACGCAUUGAAAAAACAUCUUUAUUCGCUUUGUACGUGAUCUGGGCACUUGGGUUCCUUUGUUCUAAAUGAUCUCUGUUAUAUUGAGGCAUUCCCUGGAUGCAAGGCUUUGAAUUUGCAUAAAAUGUCAGCACCCAACCGAAUGUCAUUUGAUGCCACAGUGGUGUAGCAAUUCAUUGUUGAGUUGCUACCUUUUCCACUGUAGACCAAAUCCAAAAAUAUUUACUCAAUCAGCCUAGAUCUAUCAGCACUGUGCAGUACACUGUAAUACAAUUCAACAGCAAUACAGGUACCAGAUCUCAGUACAAAUCUAUUCCUGCCACCCAAACACAAAUGCCAAUGUCUGGACUGUCUGGAUUAAAACUCGGGCAAGUGGCAACUCUACCGAACUGC